AUUGGUGAAGCAUAGUGAUUCGUGCUUGGGCCUCCUUUUAUAAGCAAACACUCGUCCGUGUAAGCAAAAGACGAGUUACACAGGCAGGUUUCUUCUUUCUAUUACACAAAGUAAGUGGUAAAGCAGGGUGGAUUUCACGAAUAAUAUCACACUGACACUGCGGCACAUACUUAAUUGUUUUCUCAAUGGAGUUUGCCAACGUGUCCCCGAUUCAGGCUUAAAUUGUCAAACUAGGAUAAUCGGAGGUGGAGAAAGUUUUUGGAAAUAAGUGGCUAUUUAACUACGCAGAGGGGGAAAAUACGUCGUUAUUUCUUCUUUACGGAAGAGAAAGUUUGCUUUGUUUUAACACAGCUAUUAUAGAUACUACUGCCUGCUAAAUUUAGUCAACUUAAGUACAAUGGAACAACUAUCAUUGGCCAAAGACGUAAAACGAGCUAUCGAGUUACUUGAAAUUCUUCAAAAAAGUGGUGAAGUUCCAGCCACGAAAUUGGCAGCGUUACAAAAAGUGUUACAGAGCGAUUUUUUCAAUGCCGUGCGAGAAGUAUACGAGCAUGUCUACGAGACUGUCGACAUCCAAGGGUCUCCAGACAUUAGAGCCUCUGCAACGGCAAAGGCCACGGUCGCCGCCUUUGCUGCUUCUGAAGGACACGCACAUCCAAGAGUUGUAGAGCUUCCAAAAACAGAAGAAGGGCUGGGAUUUAACGUUAUGGGUGGCAAGGAGCAAAAUUCACCAAUUUACAUUUCCAGGAUCAUUCCUGGAGGUGUAGCCGAUCGACAUGGAGGUCUUAAACGAGGAGAUCAACUCCUCUCCGUUAACGGAGUGUCCGUAGACGGUGAAAAUCAUGAGAAAGCUGUGGAGCUAUUGAAAGCAGCACAAGGCUCAGUUAAACUAGUUGUUCGGUACACCCCAAAAGUGUUGGAAGAAAUGGAGCUACGAUUCGACAAGCAAAGAGCCCGUCGGCGUCAACAAUAUUAACUUUUUCGACUAAAUUUUUACCAAUAAUUGCACAACGAGGUUUUGCAUGCCUAAUUCUUCAAAUUUUUCAUAAAUGGCUGUAACAAUGAAAUCAAAAAUAGCAGACGUAUGACGACGAUAAAAACCUUUUAAAAAAUCCCAGAUUUAGAAACUAUUAUACAAGACAGAACUUACUCAUCGUCUAGUUUUUACUGAAUUGUAGUGCUAGUUUCAAAUCAAGUAUAUGUCGAAAUUAUUACAAGAUGAGCGAUUCAUGGCCUCCUGACUUUCCUAUUUUACUUAAUUUCUGAAUACUUAUUAAUCUCAACUGGCUUCCUACAAAUUUUAAACUGGUCAGUAUCAUCUUUAUUAAGACUUUUCACAUGCAGUUUUACGUAAAUAGAUUUUUUUAGAUGGAUAGAAUUCCGGUGGGUUUUUAUAAGUUAGUUUUUAUAGAAAUGGUGUAGUGGCGUGGAGAAUAUGACGUCAACUCCACUCUAAUGACCGUCACUAAGAAUUUCAAAGUGCAGGACAGCUUUAUUUAUGCUCAGGCCCAUAUUUAUGUAAAUUGAGCCUAGCUUAUUUAUACAAUACUACUUAUACGUACAAUAGUGACGUUACUGGCAGGAUGCAAUUUACACCGACAAACUAGUAAAAUUGCAAAUAUUACACUAUUAAACAUGUAUAUUAAAACAUUUCUGUUUCAAUUAACUUUUCGUCUGCAUCAUUAUUAAUUGCACCUUGUAUGUUCUGCUGUGAAAAUCGACAAGUAAUAAUUCAUUUGAGAUCUGUUGAUGGAAUCGAGUCCACAACAAACAACCAUUAUCUACAAUUUAAAAUCCUCUCACUCUCUCUAUGAAAAAUGUCAUGUUGAAUAAAUAGUUGUUACAAAUUUAUCCAUUGCUAUUCCAUUAUCAUUCAGUGUAUACUUAAAUAUUGUUGUCAGGUAAAAGAAGUGGCAGAACACUUCUAAAAUGAAAUAUACUAUAUAAAUAAAUUAUGUUCACUAUAUACCAAAUCCAAUCAAUCAUUGUUGUUAAAUAAAAUAAUACAUCGAUUUCUUGUA